CGGCUCGGGAGUGCGGGGCACCGGCCCCUAACGCUUCGGGCCCCGGGGACUAGCGAGCGAGGCAGCUGGCCGUCCAGCCGGAGAGGGUGGUGGCCUCGUCCCGCCCUCCCUAGACCUGGCUGCGGCCCGACGCCAUGGCGCGGGUCCCCCCGACGGGCCAGUUUCGAUUCCGGGCACCGCAUCAGCCUGCUCAACCCUUUAAUUUUACAAUAUCCGAGUCCUGUGAUCGGAUUAAGGAGAGUUUCAGUUUUUACAGGCUCAUAUCACAGCCUGAAGCUAGAAUGUGAGAAACUGGCCAGUGAGAAGACCGAGAUGCAGCGGCAUUAUGUCAUGUAUUAUGAGAUGUCCUAUGGGUUGAAUAUAGAAAUGCAUAAGCAGGCAGAGAUUGUCAAGAGGCUGAAUGCUAUCUGUGCACAAGUCAUUCCUUUCCUGUCCCAAGAGCACCAGCAACAAGUGGUGCAGGCUGUGGAACGGGCCAAGCAGGUGACCAUGGCAGAACUGAACGCCAUCAUUGGGCAGCAACAACUCCAGGCCCAGCAUUUAUCACAUGGACAUGGUCUGCCUGUGCCUCUGACCCCACACCCUUCGGGGCUGCCGCCUCCUGCCAUUCCACCCAUUGGUAGCAGUGCCGGCCUUCUGGCCCUCUCCAGUGCCCUGGGAGGCCAGUCCCACCUUCCAAUUAAAGAUGAGAAGAAGCACCAUGACAAUGAUCACCAAAGAGACAGAGACUCCAUCAAGAGCUCUUCAGUAUCUCCGUCAGCCAGUUUCCGAGGUGCUGAGAAGCACAGAAACUCCACAGACUACUCCUCUGAUAGCAAAAAGCAGAAAACUGAAGAAAAGGAAAUUGCAGCUCGUUAUGACAGCGAUGGUGAGAAGAGUGAUGACAACUUGGUGGUUGACGUCUCCAAUGAGGAUCCGUCUUCCCCUCGAGGGAGCCCAGCACAUUCCCCCAGAGAGAAUGGCCUGGACAAGACUCGCCUGCUCAAGAAAGAUGCCCCCAUCAGCCCAGCCUCAAUUGCAUCCUCCAGCAGUACUCCUUCCUCCAAAUCCAAAGAACUUAGCCUUAAUGAAAAAUCUACUACUCCUGUUUCAAAGUCCAAUACCCCUACUCCACGAACCGAUGCACCCACCCCAGGCAGUAAUUCCACUCCUGGAUUGAGGCCUGUACCUGGAAAACCACCAGGUGUCGACCCCUUGGCUUCAAGCCUAAGGACCCCAAUGGCAGUUCCUUGUCCAUAUCCAACCCCGUUUGGGAUCGUGCCCCAUGCUGGGAUGAAUGGGGAGCUGACCAGCCCUGGAGCCGCCUAUGCAGGGCUGCACAACAUCUCCCCGCAGAUGAGUGCUGCUGCUGCUGCCGCCGCCGCAGCCGCUGCCUAUGGGAGAUCACCAGUGGUUGGAUUUGAUCCACACCAUCACAUGCGUGUGCCAGCAAUACCUCCAAACCUGACAGGCAUUCCAGGAGGAAAACCAGCAUACUCCUUCCAUGUGACGGCAGACGGGCAGAUGCAGCCUGUCCCUUUCCCCCCCGACGCCCUCAUCGGACCCGGCAUCCCCCGACACGCUCGCCAGAUCAACACCCUGAACCACGGGGAGGUGGUGUGCGCAGUGACCAUCAGCAACCCCACGAGACACGUGUACACGGGUGGGAAGGGCUGCGUCAAGGUCUGGGACAUCAGCCACCCCGGCAAUAAGAGCCCUGUCUCUCAGCUUGACUGUCUGAACAGGGAUAACUACAUCCGUUCCUGCCGAUUGCUCCCUGAUGGUCGCACCCUAAUUGUGGGAGGGGAGGCCAGCACUCUGUCCAUCUGGGACCUGGCCGCCCCGACCCCUCGCAUCAAGGCGGAGCUGACGUCCUCGGCCCCUGCCUGCUACGCCCUGGCCAUCAGCCCCGACUCCAAGGUCUGCUUCUCCUGCUGCAGCGACGGCAACAUCGCUGUGUGGGACCUGCACAACCAGACGCUGGUGAGGCAAUUCCAGGGCCACACAGACGGGGCCAGCUGUAUUGACAUUUCUAAUGAUGGCACCAAGCUCUGGACGGGCGGCCUGGACAACACGGUCAGAUCCUGGGACCUGCGCGAAGGGCGGCAGCUGCAGCAGCACGACUUCACCUCACAGAUAUUUUCUCUGGGCUACUGCCCAACCGGAGAGUGGCUCGCAGUGGGGAUGGAGAACAGUAACGUGGAAGUGCUCCAUGUCACCAAGCCAGACAAGUAUCAGCUCCAUCUGCACGAGAGCUGCGUGCUGUCACUCAAGUUUGCCCACUGUGGCAAAUGGUUUGUGAGCACUGGAAAGGACAACCUUCUGAACGCCUGGAGAACACCGUAUGGAGCCAGUAUAUUCCAGUCCAAAGAAUCCUCAUCGGUGCUCAGCUGUGACAUUUCUGUGGAUGACAAAUACAUUGUCACUGGCUCUGGGGAUAAGAAAGCCACGGUUUACGAAGUUAUUUAUUAAGGACAAAUCUCCAUGCGGACUGGACUCCUUCUCCUUGUAGCACUUUGUUCUGUCAGCCUCCCCGGGCCCCUCACCCCCAUCUAAAACCAAGGAUUUCAAAUACUCAUUGCAGUAGUGGCGUCGAGCCCCCUACCUUCCCCCUCCUCCUUGCUAUGGAAUUGUGAAUACUCAUUUAAGAGAACCUGUGAUACCAAAUCUUCAGCUCUCUACUUGGAAGAACAUGGAAUAACCAUACUUAACAGUGAAUGGAAACUUUAUGUAUUAUAUCUGUAAUAUAUUUAUUUUGUUUAAAGAAGGCUUUCUAACAAUGACUGACUAAAUAAAGCUGUCUGCUCCUGCAUUGAUAAUGAAGAUGCGUUGUAUUUGGUACCCCUCCCCCCUUUUUUUGGCAAAGGAGGGGAAAGGAAGGUUUAAAAUAAUUGAUUAAAAAUGUCACUAAAUGUAGACUAAUGACUGUAUAGAGAUGUGAAAUGUAUAAUUACAUAUUGAAGCAAUAUGUUGCUGUGUUGUUAGAUUUAUUUUCUACUUAUUUUCAAGAUGUUUGGAAAUUUGAACAAUUAGAACAUGACAGGCCACAUAUUCAUUUGAGUCUAUUUGGACAACUUUAAUCAGUAUAUCUAUAGCUUUAGAUUAUAUUCGAUAAAAGUAAUUGGACUUUUUCUUUUCUUUAUUUUUUGGACUUGUUGGCAAGUGUCUUUGUAAUAUGUUCCUAAUUCCUUUUUUUAUUGUAUUAUAGACAAAUGAACAAGUUAAAUUUGGCCUCAAAGAGAGAACUUAAUCCCUCUGAAUAUUUUUGCCACAUUUCUUUGCAAAGGGAGAAGUUUCUCUUGGGGCAGUUUUGUCAUUAGGAGAGAUUAUGGGCUAUUUUUUGGCAUGUUCGCAGACUGCACAGAUUCCUCCCGCUGUGCAAGUCAAGUCUUUUACAAAACAAGGACAGCAGAGGAGGAUUUGCAAGGACCCCCCUCUGACCUCCAGAAAGAAUGGACUCCCGCCUGGGAUGAGGACUUACUUCCUUACCUCCGCUUCUUUCCAUGUCUUAGUUGGAUGUCCCUGAAAUGGACACAGGCUGUGCCAUUGUGCCAGAAACAUUGUGUUAUCUUUUAUGUUGUCGUUGUUGCUGUUAAACUAUGAUAUGUGACUUCUUUUUUUAUUAUUAUUUUUUGUUUGAAUGCUUUAAAAAUCUUCUAAGUCUGUGGAUCUGCUGAUGUACAGUGCCUUUGCUGCUAUGGAUCAAAAUCAAGAGAACCGUGUAGAUAAACUUUAUUGUAUAAGUAGAAAAUGACUUAAUUUCAUACUAGAAAUGGAUGGAUGCUGCAAGUUGAAAUGGGCUGUCCAUUGACGUUCCUAAUGUGGUAGCAGAAAAAAAAAACUGGUGUCUUAAGUGCUUAGUGUUUGAUGUCAUUAACAGUUUCGUAAAACCCUACAGUGUAGAAAGAUUUUGAUACUAAACUGUGCAUUGUACAUAGUUUUAAUGCAUUGUAUUGACCACCAGUACUUCUAUAAUGGUAGAUUGUUUGUGCAUUCAGACUUUUAAGCAUUAAACAUAAAUAACUUCUAGUAUGCUCAUUUCUAAUUCUUUGAUCUGCUGGCGAUAGUUUAUUUUUGUCUUGGACUAUGCCACUUCUAGCUAUUAAAAAUUAUAGGUUUUAUUCAAGAA